AUUUUUUUUCAGCUGUCAAAAAGGCACCUGCAAAUUGAAAACAAUUAUAAUAUCCAAAGGUUUUUAUAAAUAUUAAUAUUUAGCAAGAAAAAUGAGCGACGAUGCAGUACUGCAAGAAGAAAUCAGUGACAACAAAAACAGAAAUGAAGUUCGGUGCGUUUUCUGUAAUUCAUUAAUGCUACGUGAAAAACAAGGUGAAUACGUAGAAGAGACAUUCGAACUGCCGCUCGUACAUCAGAAACAUGCCAAAGAUAUUAAAACAAUUGAAACAGAAAAGCAUCAUCAUUUUUGGCUUGUUUAUGAUAUGUUUCAUUUUGAGAAUAUUGGCUUCUCGAAUACAGUGGACACUAUAAAAUACUUGAUAUGCGCAGACUGUGAUAUGGGUCCAGUUGGCUACCAUGAUAUUGAAAAUAAAAAAUGCUAUAUUGCAUUGAAGCGAGUCCGGCACGGGAAUGCACCACCGGAUGUCGCUGCAAUAAAAUCAGUUUAGCUAAACUGCUUAUGCUUUACUAAUAAUUACGGGUCCGAAAGCCUUUUAAGGUGCAUACAACGCUUGACGUAUUAUAAAUUUAUUUUAUACACAACUAAAAGCAAAACUGAACAAAAUUUAUGCGUUAAAUUUACAGUGUACGUUUUUAUAUUCAAAAUAAAUUUGCUUGAAAUUGUGUUGCUAUAUUUAAGC